CAAUGACCUUGGUGGUAAGAGAAGACGUAGUGGUUCUAUCGAUUUUUCCGUAGCUGUUGCGAUCAUAUGACUUCAGAUUUGUUACGGUAGUGUUCUCGAUCUGUUGUAUUGUCAGGAUGUCCAUGUUUUCUGGAUUAACCAACCAAAUUUCUGGCUUCAUUGCCAAAGGCAAGGGUGAGGCACCCCCGGAGGGCGAAGUCAUCCCCCAACAAGAGAACGGUGAGGAGGUGAUGGCCGCUGUGGAGGGAGAAGAAGGUGCUGCCGCUCAAGGCUCCGGAGGCGUGUCCGGGUUGGCUCAAGGUCUCAUGAUGAAGGCUAUGAACGCCAAAGAUGGCUUUAAAGAAAAGGCCAGCACCUUCCAACCCCCCAAUCUGCAGGGCUUGGGCAACAAUCUAAUGCAAAAUGUGUCGAACUUCAUACCUGGCCGACGAGAAGAGGAGGUGCCCACACCGCCAGAGCCAAAUCCACCCACUGACAUGGGCGGGGAAGUUAUGGAGGGCGAGGAACAAGUUAUGGAAUAGGCCUCACAGCGGUGUCUUUAACUUCUGGAGCAACAAGAAACCCCAACAUCAUCUCCAUCAUCAGAAAAGUGAGUAGGAUUGCUCAUUCGAACAUCCAAAUGUCCUAGUUUAGCCACCUCCAUCAAACCUAUUCAACUGAUGUUCCCAUUCGUGGUUGGGAAGAAAGUCCUUCUCCUCCUAUGUCUCCUCCUUCACAACAAAACCCUCACCCAAAACAACUACAACCGUCAUCAUCAUCAUCAUCAUCAUCAUCAUCAUCAUCAUCAUCAUCAUCAUCAUCAUCACCACCACUACUACUACCACCACCACCACCACAACAACAACAACAACAACAACAAAAUUAACAACAACAGCAACAACAACGAUGAAAACAAUUAUUAAUGUUAAAGCGACCAAAUGUUGCUCAAACUAAACUUCAAUGUCAAGCAUUCAGGUCUUAUGACAGCUUCGAACAUCAAGCCAUUCUGCCAAAGAUGCAAGCCAAACAGGGACGAAGAAUAUGACUCAGUUCUUUCCUCUGGAGCAGCCGCUGAAGCAGAAUAUUUCCAUCUUUUCAUGCCUUUGGAGUCGUGUGAGGCAUCACUAACAUCGCGCCCUGUUUCAACAACCUUAGAAGUAAACGAUCUUGGUUUCAAACUGUUUCAUGUCAAUCAGUCUUUUGUCUCAACUUUAAUAAAUAUUUGAAUUUUUGCCUCAAA